CAAAGAAGUGUUGAGAACAGAACAAGAGGCCCGGAGCAGGGAAACAACACAUUCGCUUUCCAGAAAAGCUGGAAACAACAUGGAAGAAUUCACUGGCGGAGAUGUUUACAAGAAAGAAUUCAACCCUCAAGCCUAUCUGGAAUAUUUCAAGUUUGGAAGCCACACUUUGGGAGAUGAGUCCGUCACCUAUUACCUGGAAUGCCUUUGCAAGACCUUCGCUUCAGGUUCCGUGAAAGGAGAAACCUUGAUCGAUGUAGGCAGUGGCCCCACCAUCUACCAACUCAUGUCGGCCUGCGAGUCCUUUGAGACCAUAAUUGCCUCUGACUACCUUGACCAAAACCUCCGGGAGAUAGAAAAAUGGUGGAAGAACGAACCCGGAGCUUUUGACUGGAGCCCUGUGGGGAUUUAUGUAUGUGAGUUGGAGGGGAAAAGAACGAAGUGGCCCGAGAAGGAGGCCAAGCUCCGAAGAACCAUCCAGCAGGUCCUGAAGUGCGACGUCAACCAACAGAACCCAAUGGCCCCCCUCCGCUUGCCCUUGGUGGACUGUGUCCUCUCCACCGAAUGCCUGGAGGCCGCCUGCAAAGACCAGGCCAGCUACAGGGCCGCUCUGAGCAACAUCAGCUCCUUGCUGAAACCUGGGGGCCAUUUGGUUCUUUCUGGAGUUUUGGAGACCACCUUCUACAUGGUGGGCUCACGGAAGUUCUCCAGCUUGUUUCUAACAGAGGAUUUCCUGAAGGAAGCCCUUCCGGCAAGUGGUUUCACCAUUGUCCAGUUCCAAAAGAAAUCCAGAGAUGAUAAAGUGAUGCUGGAUUUGUGUGAUCUUACUGAAUUUUACUUCAUCGUAGCCCAGAAAGGGAAGGAGGCCUAACACCAUCAAAAAGUUUGGGAGACCCAUGGAUAUCCUCAGAGUAGACUGUGUUUCUUAUUCGAAUUUUAAUUCAAUGUAGUCUGCCAUUAAUUCAUAAUGUAUCCCAUAGAACAACCUAUGUUGUCUAGGUACAACACAGUGUUGAUGGGAAAGGGAAAUACAAUAAAGUCUUCCAGGAAUAACAAUAAAAAUGGCCUAAAUUCCAUUA